AUGGCUCGAAUUUCUUACGCUCUCUUGAUGGGUGUUAUGAUCGCUAUGACCGGCAUGCUCGUCGCCGAUCCUACCAACGCUAAGCCUGUCGCUCAAGAUGCUUUCAAGAUCGACGAAGUGGUCAAGCGCGACCCCAAUUCGGCUAUCACGAUGAACAAGCGCACGCUUGGUUUGCUCAAUGAGCUCCUGUCUGGCGGCGCUCAGGCUGACGUUGACGCUGACGCCAACGUUGGCGUUGGCAGCCAGCUCUGGCCUUACGGCGGCGUAAGUAAAGGUAUCGGUGCUCAUGCUCACGUCGGCGCUGAUGUUGGCACCGGUGUCGGCCACCCCUACGGUUGGGGCGGAUACCCGCCUCACGGCUACCCUGUUUACGGACAUCCCGGCUACUACCCAGGCUACGGGUAUGGUGUUCCUCCGUAUUCUGUUGGUACUCCAUACUACCCUCCCCCUCCUCCCCAUGCUGGCAGCAGCGGUGGCCACGGCGGUCAUGGUGGCCACGGCGGGUCUGGAGGUGCCCCAGGCGCGCCGGGUGGUGCUGGCGGUGCUGGUGCCCCCGGCGCUCCCGGUUCACCAGGCCAACCCAAUGGCGGUAAUGGGGGCAAUGGUGGCAAUGGAGGCAACGGUGGCAAUGGAGGCAAUGGCGGAAGCGGCGGUCACGGCGGAAAGAGCGGCAGCAACACCUGCCACGCCUGA